GGCCGCGAACAACGUCAGCCAGACCUGCUCCCUGCGUCUGCCAGUCCCGCCACGGAUUCAUUUGGGAUCCUCAAACAGACGAGCCCGUAGAGACGUCGGUUCAAGGCAGCCAAUUAGAUCCAACUGCCUGCUGGGGGACCGCCAGCCUUCCAGGCCUGGUGGCAGGGGAGGGUGGGGAAAGAGAGCCGAGUGCCGCUGCGGGAAGACGCCGAAGCCAGCGCGACGCCUCUCCACCACCGCUCUCCCCUCCCUCGCCCCCUCCCCUUGCAGAAGCAGGCUUUGAAAACUGCUUCCCCGUCUGAAUGGAAACUCGGGACCGCCGGGCGCGUUCCUUCUGGUCCAGGCUUGCCGUCCAUGCCGAGGGGACAGCGGUGCGAGCUCCCUCCAGCGUGCCGCUCCCGGGACAGCGCCGGCAACGCUGCUGAGCAGAACUUAAUCGAGCCCCUUCCUCGCUGCUAGAGGAAGCGAUGCUGCACAGCGCGGCCAGCGCGGCCCCGACUCUCCUUCAGGCUGAAGGUUACCCGCCCGCGCAGCCAGCCCCAAGCCUGUGAGCGCCGCGCGCCUCCCGCCCCGGCUCCCGUGCUCGGCGCGGCGCGCAGGGCAACCACCGGGCCGCCCGCGCCGGGGCGCACUGCACCAGCGGCUUCGGCUUGGUGGAUGUGUAUGCAUGAGUUCUGCACCGAAUGGGCGCAAGAAGCGCCCGGGUCGGUCCGCCCGCUCCUCGAUCUUCCAGAUCAGCAAGCCUCCGCUGCAGGGCGGAGAUUGGGAGCGCAGGGGCAGCGGCUCGGAGGGCGCCCACAAAGCCCAAAGGACCCUGGACGACUGCAAGAUGCUUGUUCAAGAGUUCAACACACAAGUGGCCCUGUACCGAGAGCUGGUCAUUUCUAUUGGGGAUGUCUCUGUCAGCUGCCCCUCACUCCGGGCGGAAAUGCACAAGACCAGGACCAAAGGCUGUGAAAUGGCCCGGCAGGCGCACCAAAAACUUGCUGCAAUCUCAGGCCCAGAAGACGGUGAGAUUCAUCCAGAAAUCUGUCGGCUUUAUAUACAGUUGCAGUGCUGCUUAGAAAUGUACACGACAGAGAUGCUAAAAUCCAUAUGUCUGCUGGGGUCUCUUCAGUUUCAUCGAAAAGGAAAGGAGUCUGGCGGGGGAACCAAGAACAUGGAUUGCAAAAUUGAGGAGAACGCUGAAACACCUGCUGUAGAGGACUCGGCAGCGUCCCCCGUAGAUACUCAGCAACAUUCCUGGCAAGUUUCCACAGACAUUGAGAACACUGAAAGAGACAUGCGAGAAAUGAAAAACCUUUUAAGUAAACUCAGGGAAACUAUGCCUUUACCAUUGAAAAAUCAAGAUGACAGCAGUCUUCUCAAUCUAACUCCCUACCCCCUGGUUAGAAGGCGGAAGAGAAGAUUCUUUGGGCUGUGUUGUCUCAUCUCAAGCUAGGGGAUUCUUCCUGGAGAACCCCCAUUGGGAAGACCUGAAGAAAUCGCCAAACACGAGGACCACCAGAUAGCUGAAUAAGAGUUAUUGGGUUUUAACUAUGUUUUCUAUGCUUCCUUAUUACUUUUUUCUCCCUCCUCCUGCCAUUAUAAAUGAUUUUACAUUUGAAAGCAGCUGCUGUCAAGAAGAAGAAAAAAGAUUUGAAAAGCUGGCCGUUUUUAAAAGGAUUUUUAAAGCUGACGUUGUGCAUGUCUGCUCCAAACCAUAUAAUGGCAGAUGCAAGAAUUAUGAUUUUUUAAUUAUUUAAAGGUUUUUUAAAUGCAUUAUACAGAGAAAAACUUAUCUCAUGUAUAGUAAUAUAUCUAUGGCUCUCACUGAUCUUAUGUUAACAAUUGAUCAUCAUAAAAGAAGUCUUUAAACAUAGAAAUCUAUUUAAAACUGUUAAAAAAUUCAAUCUAUCAAUAUCACUAGAAACAAUGUGAUAAUCAAACAUAGAACACAUUUAUUGCUUUCUCUGCAUUCAUUUAUGUUUAGUCUUCCAUUCUGUCUGAAUCUAAGAGCUUCAAUAUAAAAAUAUUUUAAUUCAUAAUGCAACAAAAACACCAUCUAUGAAAAUCAUUCAAAUUUUGUAAAUACACAAUAAUUCUAAUGCCUUCAUACAAUGCAUAUGGGCAACUAAUCUCCCUUGAUUCAAUGGUGUCUUUUCAGCUUCUUGGAGAAUGAAGUAAUCCAGUUAGGAAAUGGUGUAGUAAUAUAGACAAUUACCCUCAAUUGUAAAAUUAAAUAUUAUCACAUUUUGUUCUAAUUGAAAUCUGAAGCAUGAUGUCUGCACAUCAGCGUAGUGUUAAAUCUUAUAGGGCAUGCUAAAAUUAGCUCAGAUCGUAAAAAUAUUUAACAUUUUACAUUGUUAAUAAAAUCUUUUUAGUUAAGCUAAGCUUGUCUCAUUUUAGAUGACUAUGCAGAUAUGACUUUUCCAAUGUGUACUUGGUGUCUUGUCUUAUGCUUAGAAACUUGAAAGCAGGACACGUUAAGCAAUACUAUAAUUUAGAAAGGAGGAAACUGCGUGCUUUGUUUUUUCUGCUCACAAUUUUAUUGUGAUCUUCCUCCACUAAACUUAUAACAUGGUACAAAUUUUGUUUUUUCUCCCCUUUCCUUCCUUCGGCUUGUUUCCCAGACAGAAUUUCCCACAGGUUUGAGAGAUUGGGUCUUUGCGCUUCCUUUCUUGAUUUUCCAGUCUGAAACUAAAAUUCUAAAGUCAGGCAAGAGGCACCAGUGCCUAGUUCCAUCAAAGGAUGAGGUAGAUGCCUAUAAGUGGUUCGUAAAGAGGUAUCUUUCAUCCCAACUCAAAACUCUCUUAGCACUUACACGCACAGACAUUUCUAUGUUCACUGAUGUUUUAACUAAAAAAUUACAUAUAUUCAAGCUCUUAGCUUUAGUAAAGGUAAAAAGAAGUACAGAUGAACAACCUGAAACAUUAUGUUUUAGUUGUAUUAUAUAGAAAGUGCUGAUAUAGACUGCUUUGACUUACAAAAUGGCAAUUUCAUAUAGUUCAAAUAGCUGGAAACUGUCUUUGUUUUUAUUUCUCUAGAUCUUUAAAUUAAAAGUGAAAAAAUAAAAAUUUCAGAAGAUAUUUUAAAAGGCUAUUCAGUUCUGUAUUUAGAUUAUGUUAGCUGGUUAUUGACCGUAUCAGAGUUCCAUUAAUUAGUAACUAAUACAUGGUAAUGAAUAUACCUGACUUUAGAAAGACAUAUCCUUAAAGUUGUAUGAGAAAAAUUGCAAUAUUCUAAAUCAAAUACUUGUAAAAAAGUUAUGGGAAUACACUAUUUUAAAAUUCCAAGGGGAAAUAUUUCCUUGCAAAGUAAGUAACCACUCCAAAUUGACCUAAGCUUCAAAUCCCAACUUUUGGAAAUCAGAUUUAACUUAUUUAAACCUGAAGUUUUAUAUCCUCUGAAGUUUGGUUCAUUUUUUCUUCCCUUAAAGUUAAUUCACUUAUGGUCUAUUAUUUUCAAAACUAUGAAGUAACCCAAUAUAGCAUGCUCUCAGCUCCUGUAUCUGCCAUUUUUUACCUUUCUAUUAUAUUGAACUCUGAUCUUCAGUCUAUUUUCUAUGAAUCCAUGCAAAGUUGUUAACUGCUCAGUCCAGCCUUGGUGUUUAGCACGUUCUUCCAAAUGCCUGACAUAAAUAACUUCUGCUUGGUUAAUCUGUGCUCACUCUCGCCUUAGUCUCAGUAUGACAGUAACACUUACCUUCCGUGCACUUGUCCUUCGUACAACUGAUGACUGUUAAUAAAUUCAGGUCUCACCUCCAUGUAUGGGAGGGUUGUAGUUAGCUAUUAUGGAGAUGGGGAUUUGUCUAAUUCCCGAGCUAAGCUUUCCAUAUCUACAGCAAAUAUAUUCAAUCACAUUAACUUUUUUCAUCAUGCCUGUUUCCCAGGCUUUAAUUGGUUUUGUAGUUCCCAUGGACACACUCCAAGAUUUUUAGAUGUUCUUUCACUAGCAGGUCCUAAAAUGAAAUAUAGUGCUCAAAGUCUUGGUAACCGAAACAGACUUGUAAUUGAUAAAGGUAGUUUAUCACCUCAUCUCCCCCAUUAGGAAGGUCAAAAUGCAUCUCUUUCAGAGCUAACUUCCCCAUGCGUCUGACCCACCAAAGGACUUUCUCAGGUGUCACUCAUGAGAUAGAGUUCUACUGUCUCAGCUGGUCAUUCGAUUUCAGAUUAGCAGUAAUAUUGAGCUGAUCUCUAGGAAUAGGAAGAGAAUAUUGAAUCUGUUUUGUUGCAUGUAUCAUUUGUCUGAAACAGAAAAUAGUGUAAACCUUUUCUGGUGCACACUCACCUUUUACCACCAUAUUUUUAAUAUCCUAGUAUUGUUUUUCUUUUUUUCAGAUGACAGAGGCAAUACAUAUUAUUUGUGGGAAAUAUGAAAAAAAUUAUAAGGAAAAUAUAGAUCACGUGAACCCCACACAAUCACAUUUGAAACUUUCAUUUUGAGUAAGGUUUGUGAAAGCUAAGAUCAGAUUUUUUAAAAUCUGUCCACUAAAGUUUUAUAUGCAUUUAAGAACCAAUGUUCAAGAAACUUUUGGUUGAGUUAUUCCUCAAAAAUACAAAAAGGAAGAAACAAUCCUGAUACUUUCUAACAAGUUAAAGCUCUUCGGAAAAUUCUAAAUUCCUUGCAAAUUAUGUUUUUUCCUAGCUGCCCCUGUAUUUUCACUCAUUAUUUGACAAUACUGCCACCUACUGAAAGUUGACCCUUAGAAUGUCAGGAGAAAAUCAACAAUGUAAAAAAAGUUUCAUUAAUUUUAGACAGCAGAGAUUAAUAGUGGCCCUAUGUGAAUUUUCAGAUUCUUAAGAUCUCAAAGUUAAAAGAGUUAGGAUAAUAUAUACCAGACUUCCCAUCCCAUGUGCCAUACCUAAGUAACAUCUGUGCUUUCUGUGUGUUCUAGAUCAUUACAAAAUGCAAAAUGUUCAACUUUCAGAUAAUUAAGUAGAUGGAGAAGAGCCAGCAUAAAUCAGAACUAAAUAUACAUAUACAUAAUAAAUAAACUAAAAAACAUAGAAUAAUUGAGAACAUUAGAAAAAAACAUUUCAAAUCUGUAACAAAAGAUUGAAUUAUUAAGAUAUAUUCCAUGACUGUUUCGUCAGUUUGUUGGGGAAAUGUCAAACCAGUAACUCUCAUUAAAAUAAGUUCUAGGAACAGUGAAGAUAUAAAUUUUUUUGUGUGGAUAAAACACCAAAGGAAGAAACCACAAGGAAAAUACAUACUUGACCAACUAUAAAUGCAAUGCUUCUUUAUAGUAAAAAAAGACAAGUCAAAGAGAACAAAAUUUGAAAUAUAUGCAACAAAAAGUCUAGAGCUCUAAUAUCAGGAGCGUAGACUUCACUACCCUUGGUAGUCUUCCAUGAUCUGUAAUCUCCUUCCCAGCCAUGUUUUUCCCAAUUUGUUUUUUCACCUUCCUAUUGUACUAUUUUCAUGAUUGCCUUUUAAUUGUCUGUUUUCCCCACUAAGCUGAAAGUUCAACAAGGUAACAACAGUGUAACCCCAACACCUAGCAGAAUGCUAGACAUAAAGCAGAUACUGAAAAUAUAUUUAUUGAUUUAAAUGAAUAAAAAGUGCAUGAAUAAAUGAAAUCUUAUGACUUAAAAAGAAUCAAACUUUCCAGUAGAAAAUUGAGCCAAGGGCACACACUGACAAUGCACCAUAAGUUGGUAUAAUUUACUACAAAAAUAUGGAAAUAUUGAGUGUAUUAGUAAUCAAAAAUUAAAAUUAUUAUACUCAUUUUUCAUAUUCAACAGAUAAAUCAUAUAAACAAAAUUUUCUUUAAAUUUUAAGUUUAUAUGUGUGAUAAUACAGAAUAAAUUUUCUCUUAUAGAAUCAAUAAUAUAAAUUGGUUUGAUUUCUGGAAAAUAAUUUGACAAUAUAUUUUCAUGCAUGCUAAAUAACCUCACUUUAGAAAAAUUCUCCCUUAAAAGUUCAAAAAUAAAAUGAGCUUAGAUGCACUUAUUCAUUAUUCAAAAAAUAUUAAGAAAGAUGUUUGUAGUUGCAUUAUUUGGAGUAGUAGAAAAGUGUAAAGUCUGAAUUAUAGGAUUGAUUAAAUGUGAUAUACUUCUUCAAUGGAAUAUUGCACACCAAUUAAGAAUAUGUGUAUUUUUGAAAGAUAUGUAUAUUUACUGAAAAAUCAAGUUAUAUUGUUACAUAAGAAGGGAGUUAUAGAAGAAUAUCUAAAGCAAGAUCCUAUUUCAAAAAUAUGCAUAUACAUGUGUGCAUUAAAGAAUAUGAAAGGAUAUUUGCCAAAAUGUUAACAGUAUCUAACACUGGAGGUGAGAUUUGGAACAAUUAUAAUUUUUUUUUACAUAACUAUAAUUUUCUGUUUUUCCACAAUGAGCAUGUAGUACCUAUAUAUUUUUUUCAGGGAAUAAAUAACAACAUUCACAAUAUAUAUUAAAUGAAAAAGCAUUAUUAAACCAUAUGUAUAGUAUGAGACAAUAUUUGUAAAAACAGAAAAUUAUAUAUAAAUAUACCUAUGUAUAUAUAUAUAUAUAUAUGCAUAACAGCACUAGAAGGACAUACACUAAAAUGUUAAUAGUAGUUAUCUAUGGGUAGUGGGAUUAUGGGUGAUUAUUUUUUCCUUUUGCUUUUCUGUGUUUUCUAAUUUUUCUACAAUAAAUAUGUAUUACUUGUGUAAUAAAAGCUAAUAAUAAAAGUUUUAAAAAAGAAUGAAAAAGUGAAA